GAACCACAAUGUUCAGGCCGAAUGCAUGUGAAAAAACAAGAGAUUUGUGUAAAUUUAAGGCCUUCACAUCCUUAUCCUCACUAAUCCAAGAUGUAGUCAACUGCACUUUUCAUGUUAGAUUAUUAAGUGUCUCAUUGCUUGUUUUGACAAAGGUUUAUGCUUAUUAAAAUAUGGAACACUGACUGAUGAAAAUACAUUUCUGUUGUGUAUUUUAACAUAAAAGUUGCAUUCUUGUGUUUUUCCUUUGCAAUGCUGAGGGAUUUUUGAUCUGGCAGUUCUUCCACAGCAACAACUGCAAAGAAAAGAGCAGAAUGGACAUGAAAGUGGCAGAGAAUGGAGUGGCAGCCAUGGCAUCCUGCUACCAGAAGUUUGAUCCAGCAGCAUAUCUGCAGUACAAUUAUACACCACCACGGGCUGAUUUUGAAAGAAAAGACAGCAUCGUGCCAUGGAAACUAGCAUGCUUACACCGAGCUUUCACUGAAGGUGAUGUGAGCGGUGAACUUUUGGUGGACAUCGGUUCAGGACCCACUCUCUACCAGGUUUUAAGUGGCUGUGAGGUUUUCAACAAAGUACUCCUCACAGACUUUCUGGAGGUGAACAGGCAGGAGCUGAAGCGCUGGCUCCAGGCAGAGGGAGGCAGCCUGGACUGGACGCCAUAUCUGCAGCACGUUUGCAAGCUCGAAGGCCGGAGACCCUCAGAAUGGAGAGAGAAAGCUGCCAAGCUGCGUCAGGUCAUCUCCGACAUCCUCCCCAUCGACGUGCAUCGUCCUCAGCCUCUGGCCCCUGGUGCCCUUCCCUCAGCCGGGGCCGACUGCCUGGUGUCCUGCUUCUGUCUGGAGAGCGUCAGCCCUGACCUGGCUGCCUUCACCAGGGCCUUAGGACACAUCCAGAAGCUCCUGCGACCCAACGGUCACCUCCUGCUCAUUGGAGCUCUGGGAGAAAGUUACUAUUUUGGAGGUCCUGGGGUGAAGAUCCCUGUGGUCCCACUGAAUGAGGCUCAGGUCUGUGCUAGUCUGCAACAGAGCGGCUUCACCCUGAUCAGGCUGGAGGUUUACACACUGCCAGAGGACAUGAGGGUGGGGGUUGAUGAUGUGACUGGGGUGUUUUUUGUAAAAGCAAGGAAGGAUUAGUGGGACAAUGGAGGAAUAUUUGUUAAAGUUAAGACAUGUGAGACUGUCUAUGAGAGGUAAGUGGUUUAGCAUAGCAGGAAUAAAAAAAAUAUAAGG